CAAGGAUACAAGGGAUAUGACGGAUAUGAGGAAUAUAAGGCAUAUUAAAUAAUAACUCAGUUCAUUUUUUCAAAUGAUUUAUUUACCAAAGUGCAUAAAGUGAAUACAAGUUUGUCAAACAAUUACAGUAAUAAUUGGUCUGUUUUGUGCUGCUUCUGACUGAUUUAUAAAAAGAAAGUAGAAUCAAAGGAAGUGAAAAUUGGGUCUUUUGAGAUGUCAGUUUGAGGUGCCGUAAAAGAAGGACUGGUAAAACAGGCACGAUUAUCAUACCGACUGUGCUCCCUGCAUGCAGAUUUAAGUUUAGCUGGAGAUGUCUGAAACCCCCAAAAUCAUGUUAUUAUUAUACUAUUUUCUUUUUUAAUUAUUUUUGACAUUAGUAUUAUAAAAAUUAACUGACUCACUUAGGCUCUCACAGGAUUCCCCCGGAUUUUUCCAAAUUAUUUGCACUCAGAUGUGCUUAUGAUUCAACUUAUACUUAAGAAUAUUGUCUUCAUUUAGCCUAUAAAAUGAUAUUUUUAUAAUUUUUCUACAAUGAAUUGUUAAAUUACUUAUCUUUUUUUAAUUUUGAUUGUAUUAAAAAGAAUAAUGUAAUGACAUCACGAUUGGUCGACCAAUAAAAGUCCAUGUUGUAAUCGAAGAAUGGAAGAAAAAUCUUGAUCGGGUUAGGUUCAGUACAUCUUUCUAAGGGGAAAUAGCAAUGUAAUAUUUGUUUUGAAAACGGCUCACGAGACCAGGAGGCCAUUACGGGUGUUAGCUGUCAAAAAUCUGAUUAUAAAUGAGAAUUAUCUAAUAUCAAAUAUAUAACCAAUAAAAGUGAUUAAUUGGUUUAUCGAACAAUGGAAAAACAGCCACUAAAUCCGGGAGCUGCUAAGCCUUCCACUAUUUCUGCGCCUACAGCACCCAAAUCAACUUCUUCCUGGGAACCACCUCCUUCGUAUAACUCGGCUACACGAGGAGCAGAAUCUACUUCAUGGCCUCCACCUCCAGGAUAUUAUCCUAGCACAGGGACAACUACUCAUUCCAAUUAUGUUCCUUCGUAUGGUUCUACACAAUCAACUGCAGUGAUUAUGCCAGAAAUCAUUUUAGUCGGAGGAUGCCCUGCCUGCAGAGUGGGUGUAAUGGAAGAUGAUUUUACGUGUCUGGGAUUACUAUGUGCAAUUCUGUUCUUCCCAUUUGGAAUAAUUUGCUGCUUGUUGUUAAAGACUCGACGUUGUUCCAAUUGUGGUGCCUACUUUGGUUGAUAUGUUACUAUCAGAUAGUAACAUAUAAUUUCUGUGAAAUAGAAGAAUUGGAGGUGGAUCGUUAGGCUAAUUCUAAUGCAGCUAUAGUUCUAUGAACGUUGAAUAUAAGAAGAAUUAUAUUAAACCAAUUUGUUACUAAUAUGGUGCAACAAUGAUAAUCCGAACUGGUACAAUGAACAAUGAUUGAUACUACAAUUUUGCAUAUGAUAAUGCAAAAUAAUUUUUCUAUUUUAGAACAAUGCUUCUAAAACAUUUAAUUGUGUGUAAAAUUUAUACAUUACCAGUUUUGUAAAUAUAAUGAGAGCUUAUGAUAUUUUGUAAAUGCUUUCAAAGAGUUCUGAUUAACAUUGUUGCACUUUAUUUUACAAUAAUAAUAAUAACAACGAAUAGUUUAUAUUAUCAUACAUUUUAAAAUAUUGUUAUAAGGUAUUUUAUGAGAAAAGCAAUGAGAAUUAUAAUACUGUUCAAAACAAAUUACUUUAGCAGUGAAAAAUGGACUUACGCAAAUGUAAAGUCCUUUAGAUUUCAUUGGAGCUUAAUUUAUAUUCCAGUAAGUUCUUGCUUUAAAUAAUUCAUUCAAGUUGCUUUGCAUAUAUGAUUUCAUUAAUUCAAUGAAAUAAUUGACACAUAUAACAAUGUUCUUACCAUUGUUUUAUAUUAAUGUUUCUUGGUGCAUAACUUAUAGUGGAAUGAUUUCACAAAGUGUAUAGGUUUGAAUCUCAGGGGAAGCGUUAGUAGGCUGUAUAAUAGUGUGAAAGGAUGAGUGUAAAACAGCAAUUUGUAUUUUUAUAAAAAAAACAGUAUUGAAGGAUAUUGGGACCAAUUUGAUGAUGAAACCUAUUUGUAUAAAUUGUUACUAUGAAGUGCAUUAUAUUUUUAUAUGCCAUGAUUUUAUUUAAUGUAAAGAAAAAGUUGUAAAAAUUUUCAAAUGAUUCACUUUUAAACAAUUAAGCUUGGGAAAUGUUAUUUUUAAUGAAUAGUUUUAAAAAAUCAUUACGCUACCCAGGUUCAAACGAAAGGGAUAAAGAUGUUGGAGAUUACUUAAAGGCAUCUAAAACACUAAGUACCUGAAAAUAUAUAAUAUUUUUCUAAUUAAAAGCAUUGCUAUGCAUCUGUAAGAGAAGAUAUGCUUGUCUAGAAACAUAUUCCUGUAAGAAACUGUUAUUAAAAUUUAUUGAAUUAUCAUUGUUAUUAA